UUAAAAAACUUGCCACCUCUCCAUUCACGUCUCUGCUGCUUCCGCCUCCGUGCCACGUCGCCGAAACUGACACCGGUUCCGGUUUCGCCGUCACCGCCGGUUAAAUUUUCCGAUGAUACAUUUCCGCGGUAAUAUCUGUAAUUGUUUUCUCUCCUUUUAAAAUUACAAUUUGUAGAAAUCGUUAAUUCUGAAUCUACUGGGAUUUGGGAGUAAGAUUUUUUCAAAACUCAUUCCGUUUCUUCAACCUCUGUACCGGCGUGUCGACGGCAGCAACUUGGCUGCACAAAGCUAUUGCUUCAAAUCCUCAAAGUUAAUAAAACCAAUGUCAGGUUCGAGGUAUCUCUUCAGUAAUGGCAUUCUUUCACACACCUUAGACGUUCCUCCUGUCAAACACUUUCUUGAAGCUCAUCCAGGUGCUUACACAACAUCACGUACUCACAAUAAUGCUUCAUGCUUGUUAUUUUGGGAAAGACACGUGAAAAGACUCUCAGAAUCUAUACAAAUUCUGUCAAAUUCGGCACCACAACUUUUAUUCAAAUCUAAUAAUGCUGCAAGUUUGCUGCCAUUGGAUAAGAAUUUUCCAGUUUGGCAACCUACAUUGCAGAUGCUUGUUAAUGAAUCAGUGGAGAAGGUCUUGCCAAUUGCAUUGAAAGAGAGAGUUGAUUCUGAGGAGCUGGCCAUUACAACUCUUGUUAGUGGUAAUUUGGAGAAACUGAAUGUAUGCGAGACUAAGAGUGAGGAAAAAAUGAGUAAUUUUUUUGAUGUGCAUGUGCAUCUUGAUACUUAUGUUCCGCCUCGGUUUGGUAUCCGGGGAAAUGGUGCACAUUUGGCUGUGGGGGGCUAUGGGAGGAACUUUGCAGCUGCAAAAUAUUCAGAUUGGGUAAGGAUUAGGAAGGCUCUGGAAAAGCUCAGACCUCCAUCAGUGACAGAACUGUUGUUGUCUAAUAAUGGUGAUCAAAUACUCGAAGGUUGUGUGACAAAUUUUUUCGUUGUUUGCUGCAAGGAUAGGGAUUCAAAUGAUGGGAAGGCCCCUUGUGAAUAUGGAAAUAAAAACUCUUUUGAAGUGCAGACAGCUCCUAUCAGUGAUGGUGUUCUUCCAGGAAUUAUACGCCAACUAGUGCUUGAGGUAUGCAAGAAUGAAGGAAUCCCAUUUCGUGAAGUUGCUCCAUCAUGGUCAAAACAUGAAAUCUGGGAGGAAGCAUUCAUCACAAGUAGCUUGAGGAUUUUGCAACAUGUAGAAAGUAUUCAGGCUCCAACAGAUUGGCAAUCUGCCCAUUCUAAAACAUGGAAGGAUAUAUCAUGGACAAAAAAGCAAUUUCAGGGUGUACCUGGGAUGAUCACAAAUUUAAUCCAGGAGAAGGUUAUGGAGAAAGCAAUUUUGGAAGGGUACCCAAUAAGUAACCUAUGUACAAGGUGAAGAUUGUGAAAUUGUAAUCACUUGGAAGAUUUCCACUUGACUGAUAUAUGAAGUAUGAACAACUUUACGAACAGAAACAAAAUAGCAUGAAUAAGUCAACUUCUUAGGCUACCUCAUAAGGUGUUAUGUUGUGCACAAUUUACUUGACAAGAGUGGAGCUAGUUUUGCUGGGUGGAGUCUAAUGCAGAGAAUUCAAAGACUUUAUGAUAGAUAGAUUGGGAAUUGAAAGUUUGCCAUUUUUACCUUCAGGCAAAUGUUGAAAUGUGUGUGCUUGAUUAACUUGUGUCUCUUAUGGUGCGGUUUUACGUGCUAGUUGGAAGUUUGUAAAAAAUUUAAAAUUUUAGUAUGAAUCAAUUGGAAUCUAUUUAUUUUUGAA